UCAUGCUGCUGCCAGGUCCAGAGUCUCUCAUGGGUCCCUGUACGGCCUCCCAUUGCUGCUGUCUCCAUCGCCACACUCUGCCAUGUGCCACUUUCAGGUCUCCUCACACUGCUGGUGUGUUACAUUUUUUGUCAUAGGGUGCUGGCAGAUUACGGGCCUCCCAUAGCUGCUGCCAGGCCCCUAAUCUGCCAUGGGCCCCUAUACCGCCUCCUCAUGCUGCUGCCAAGUCCAGAGUCUCUCAUGGGUCCCUGUACGGCCUCCCAUUGCUGCUGUCUCCAUCGCCACACUCUGCCAUGUGCCACUUUCAGGUCUCCUCACACUGCUGGUGUGUUCCAUUUU